AUGUCUCAGGGCUAUGUACAUAAUUCCACAAAUAACACUCGCGCUGCAAACAGUCUCUCGGCGCGUUUUCAUGGCCGGGGAACCCCAGGAGAUCGUUUGGUCGCUGCUGCCCUGCCACAGCCCGCCAAGAAGAGAAAGGUCGUUGCGUAUGAACCUGAUUUUGGCGACGACGGCGACGUCUGGCGGAGAGCGGAGUCCCGUUCUAUCAAGGUCACCGCGCGACCUGUCGUCUCUCAAUCUCGAGUCGCUACGGGCGAGCAGAUGCCCGAGGCACCAGACGCUACCAGCUCCGCAACGAGGACGAACUUCGCCGGAAUUCUGCAAAAUCUUGACGAGGAUACGAUGCUGAACGAGCAUGGGUUCCCCCUGAAUGAAGACGAUGUAGCACGGAUUCGCAGGGAGGAGAAUAACGAACGAACCAGCCAGGGCAAGGUGAGUCUACCUGAGCACCCAGAUUAG